AUGUUUCCCUUUUCCCAGUGGAUCAAUGACACCAUCCUGGUGCCCCUGGUGGAGGAGAUGGAGUCAGUGAGCACCCAGCUGAGGAGGAUGGGCUGCCCCGAGCUGCAGAUCGGAGAGGCCAGCAUCAGCAGCCUGAAGCAGGCGGCCCUGGUCAAAGCUCCUCUCAUCCCGACCCUCAACGCCCUGGUGCAGUACCUGGAUCUCACCCCAAACCAGGAAUAUCUGGUGGAGAGGAUCAGAGAGCUUUCCCAGGGCGGCUGCAUGAGCUCCUUCCGAUGGAACGGAGGAGGGGACUUCAAGGGCCGCAAGUGGGACACGGACCUGCCCACGGACUCCUCGAUCCUCAUGCACGUGUUCUGCACCUACCUGGACUCCAGGCUCCCUCCUCACCCCAAAUAUCCCGACGGCAAAACCUUCACCUCCCAGCACUUCAUCCAGAGCCCGGAUAAACCAGACACUUCCAACGAGAACCUGUUCUGCAUCUACCAGAGCAGCAUCAACCCGCCCCACUACGAGCUCAUCUACGAGUGCCACGUCUACAGCCUGCCCAAGGGCAGGAACAACAUGUUCCACACCCUGCUCAUGUUCCUGUACAUCAUCAAGACCAAGGAAUCCGGGAUGCUGGGGCGUGUCAAUCUGGGAUUGUCGGGAGUCAACAUCCUGUGGAUCUUCGGGGACUGACGGAUCCCUGCUCCGAGACAUCCACGUGGUCGGUUUAAACCCGGAUCAUUUAAGCUCAGCUUAAAGGGGAAGCGCCUGGAAUUCCUGCCUGGAUUUCUUCCCGAGGCAUCCCAUGGAAUAUUUCCCCUGGGAACGAGCUCCAGGCAGGAUUAGGAUUCUCCUGCCCGCUCCUCGCCUGAACAGCCCGGCUUAAGCUGAGCUUAACUGAUCCAGACUAAACCUGGGAGGGUCGUGCACAGCCACGGAUGAUCCAACACUUGGGAAAGACCCUGGGACGCUCCAGGAUCCAAGAAAUCCCAGCUGGGCACGAGGAAAUCCAGACCAGGGGGGGUUUAGACUCGGCUUUGCUUUGUUUUAUUAUAAAAACCCCACAACUUUUGCUCCUGGUCGUUGGUGUCAUCAUGUCUCUGACCCCACAGGGUGUCCCUGUAAAUCAAAAAACCCCCUUUUGACUCGCUGGGUUCAGCAAAUCCCAGUUUUUUUACUUAUAUUUUAAGUUUUAUUUUCUUUUUCUUUUAAGUUAAUUGUUUAGUUCCAAACCAGCUCGGCCUCCCAAGGGGUGCCUUGGGAUUUAAUUCUCCUGCUCCCCUUUUGUUCAUUAAUUACCUCUUUUUUUAGGGACUGGGAUGUGGCUGGGGCUGGGAAGCCAAACUUUUUUGGGGGGGAAAACCAAAAUUUCAGAUUUGUUUCCAAAAAGGCCUCAAUUGAUGUUUGUUUGCCAAAUUCCCACUUCAGUUAUUUCGGGCAAAGGUGAAUUUUGGGAGCGAAUGUAGGACCAAAAACCCGUGGGAUCACUGGAGUGUGUUUUUUAUGGAGGUGGGAAAAGAGGGAUUUGUGGAACUUUGUGCUGUUUUUUGGGGUGUGAACUGAUGGGUUUUGGUGACUCUCUUCUGGGGGACCCGGGUUUUUCCAAGGAAUGGGACCAAAGUGGCUCGUUUGGUUCCUGAAUUAAAUGAGAUCGUUUUAUCAAA